AUGCCGCUCACCAAACGCCAAACGGACCCCACCCGGCUCACAUCUCGCUCGACAUCCACACUGCCAUCUGCGGUCACUGGUCCGCCCCUCUCUUCUCGGGAGGGACCGCCGCCGGCUUUUAGGCGAUGGCGGAGUCUGAGGGAGAAGCAGGAUGUUGGAGAAGAGGGGAUGGGGCAGGGAAGGGAUGGGGAGGAGGAGGGAGUUGAGGUCGGUAUAGGCGAGUCUGAAACGGCGCAGGGUAUAGGCAGUACAGUGGAAGGACUAGGACGCGUUAGUGACGGGCCAGGACCGCCUCACCUCUCCCGCUCAACCUCGAUCCCAUCAUCAACAUAUUCAUCCAUCUUCAAGCUCACCCGCUCCCUCUCGCUCCGCACCCACCACACCGCGGCAUCUACGGACCCCCUCCUCCCUCCUCCUCUCCCUCCGCCUCGAGCCAUUCCGUCAAACUCUGGCCCAAGCAAGCUGACCAAGGCGCGCCCGAGCCUCCCUCCACCUUCUUUACGCAGAGCAUGGGCGUCAGCGGUUGCCCUCCCCCUCCACUCUCCUUCAUACCCCUCCGAACGCCCCUCUCUGGCUCUGACUCGCACACGCCACUCAACUCCACCACAGUCGUUGUCGGCCUCUGGCUUCGACUCUGGCCAUGGCGUCAGCUCUGCACGGCCCCUCUCCCGGAACGGCUCAUCCAGCACCGCGACCAGCACGUCCUCAUCGUCCUCUGCUAUCCCUACGUCUAGCGAAUCCGCCGGCCUCUCUACGCCACAAUAUGACCACGACCUCGACCUCGAGCCGCCCAUAGCCAAUCGGGGGACGUUCGGCCACACUUGGGAUAUCGCCAACCUCGACCUUGGACCUGAUCGGCCUGAUGGCUUUGGGCUCGAGCGCAGAGACAGCAGUGCGUCUCCUGACGAAGGGGACGAUUUCCGGCCGCCCCGGUUCCCCCACUACGUCGGGGAUGAGGAUGACCGUUCAACGGAGCAAGCGCGGUCCACCAAGACGUCAUCUUCGGGCAGGACAGCUAUCCCUCUCUCCCGGGCGCAGGUGUCUCCGGCAUUAUUUGAUCUGCCCCACGAGCGGGAUGUCGGGUCUGAGGAGGGGAGACCAGCGGCCAUUGGGGCGGAAGAUACAGCGGAGUCUGUGGUGGAGAGGAGGGAGGAACGAGGAGGAAAGGAGGGGAUUCCGAGACAUCCGUUGAUAUACGACCUGGAGGAGAUGUUGCGCUCCGCCGCUGGCGUUGGCGCUGGCGCCAUCGCCCAUAUCGACGGUGGCCCAACAGGAUCAACACGGACGCACCGAUCAGCGAGAUAUCGGUCCCACUCCCGAUCAGCCUCGGUCGGUACGCCGUCAGAAAUGGGUCUGACGAUGGACGAGGUCCUCCAUCGGGGACCUUCCAGGCCUGACUCGCUCGUUUCAGAUCCUCAGACGUCUUGGCAAGGCGAUAUCACUUCCCCGCGUGGUCCGCGUCCUCCGAUACCGCAUCGUCACUACCGUCCCGCGCCAGCCCCGCCACACCUCAUCCCUGCUCCGCCUGUCCGAGGCCCCGGCGCCGACCUACUCGGGCCUAUCGGCGGCCCGCCUGUUAUCCCCGAUCGGAGCACCUCGCUGGGUCAGCUCUGGCGCCGGAUGAGCGGGCGGAGCGGUCGGAGUGGGAGCUCGAGCGAGGCUCUACCAAGCGGAGCCACGCUGGAGGUCGAGCCUGGACGCGAAGGGGGAAAGAAGGCGCAAAGGCCGGGAAUGGUGAGGUCAUUAUCGAGGAAAAAGACCGCGCCGCACGGGCAGGAUGUCUUGUUGCGGACACGGCGUGAGGAGGAGAAGGGUCAAAUACCGCCUGUCCCUCCCCACCAUGCUCAGCUGCGAUCCACACCGCCCAUCCCGCCAAGACGGCGCUCGUCCAUCCCGCCCGAGGCGUCGAUCCCUAUACCGACCACACGGAGCCCUCCAGAUCCCUCGACGGCAGCUACCUCGCAUCUCAUACCCCAGGCGCCCUCCAUUCCCUCCCCACCAGCCCAAAUCCCAAAUCGCGCCUCGUCCCUCCCUGUCCGACCUGGCAUCCUCAUCCCUAAUAACAGCGCCGCGCACCGCUCCAGCCUCCCCGAGUCCUUCUCUACCAUCCCCGAACACCCUUCCUCCCCUUCUCCGCACGGCUCGAACACCAGCUGGCUCCCUCGGCCCCCCCUUCAUUCGGGGGUAGAAACAGGCUCAGAGCGAAAGCGAAGGUUUCGGCGGACGUUGGUGGAAGUUGUGGAUGAUGUGCAGUUUCAGCGAUUGUUGCAGGAUGGGGAUAGGAUGGGGACGCUCGAAUCACCGGCAUCUGGCGUCGUCGCUGAGCAAGGAGCAAGCGAGAGAUAUCAAUAUGGGGUGGAUGGUGUGGGGCUGGCUAUCACGACCAACGCACCUGUUCAGGCCGAACCGGAAGAUCUGGGUGAUGCUCCUUUAUCGCCCAUCGUCGACUCGCCGUUUGGUUUGGAUGAUGGUGGGAUAGAUAGGCAGAUAGUUCAGGCGUGGUUCGUCACGAGGGAGUUGGUACAGGGGGAAAAGAGGUAUGGCAGGUCGCUCGCAAGGGGUAUAUCGAUCGCUCGGUCCGUCGCUGAGAAGCUCAACAAUCAGCUGGAUUUUGCUUCCUCUUGUUCCCUCUCUGGAGGCGGUAGCGGCACCUCCACUUCACCGUCCAAGCGCUUCGCUCGGCUCUCGGCGUCUCUGGGAUCCUCACCCAUAUCGACGCUCCGCCGAUCCCGAAUGAUGUCUGCUCCUGCCCUCAACCUAUCUACCUACUCCUCAUCCUCUCUCCUCCAUCUCCCACUCUCCUCAUCAUCGACAACCACUACCUGCCUCUCUUCACCGGUCUCACCACUCGGCAUCCUCCUAUACCGCCUCCCCCGCCUCCUCGCGCUCUCCCUCACCCUCUCCUCGCGCUUCGCACACGAUCCCUCCCCGGACCAAGUCGCCACUGCCUUCUUGUCGAUGGAAGAUGAGAUCAUGCGGGAGUUGGCGGACUGGGCGGGCGAGGUGGGGCAGUUGGUAGCGAUGGGGUUUGGGGAGAUGUUGGAUCGGGAGAUGAGGGAGGAUGGGAGUUUGUCACGGAAUUCGACGAUGGGGGAUAUUGCCCACCUCGGUAUGGGUCCCAUAUUCGGUUCGCCGUUCGAUUCGCUAGACCAGUCAUCAUCGACAGCAUUCGGUUCCUAUCUCAACUUACUUCGAGCGGACACGACGCAGGAGGACCGAACGAGCUUUUCUGAGAUCCUCCUCGCUCCUAUCCAGCGGGCGGCGCGAUAUCGCCUUCUCUUCCACUCGCUUGUUGUCAAAAUGCCGAAAGAGACGGCGGGGCGGGAGAAAGUACAAGCGGCAUUAUGGGCGGCAGAGCGGAUUGUUCACGCUGUGAACAAGGGCCAGGGGUUCGACCUUGAGGGAUUGAGGAGGGAGGAGGAUGAGACGGAGGAUGGGAGAAGAGGAGGCGGCGGUGAUGGUGAUACUCUGGUCAUGCGGAAGCGGACGAAGGGUAAGGGUAUGGAGAGGAGGGUGAGGAGUAUGGUGUCAUAG